UCGAGAACUAUUAGAUGUUUUUUUAUUGCUAUUUGUUUAAUGUAAAUUUUCAGAUUUAUUGGACAAUAUCAUAAAUUAGCUUUAUUUAACGUCAAUAUUUUACAACGUGCCACUUCCUGUUUGAGACAAAGAGUGGUUUCGCUUUUAGUUUUCGAGUCGCAAAGUUAACGUUUGGUAUACUUAUUUAAGUUAUUAUGCAAAAGAAGCUAUGUAUCUUAUUUUAACUUUCAGUACCCUUUAAAGUCGUUGAAUUGCAAUUUUAUAAUCAAAUGAAACUUGAAAUUGCAAGACCUAGGCCUAAUUCAUAUUCCAUGUAAUAAAUAACAACAAUUCAUAUAUCUGUAUAAUAGGAGUUGUAAAUUUUUUAAUGUAUCACUAUCUCCAGCCGAACAAGCUGGCUGUUGUUUUUUUUAAGUUGUAGACCUAACGAGCAAUGUUAGGGUUAAGCAACUUGGGCGUGACUGAAUUUAUCAAUCUUUAGACUUUAGCCUUAGCUUAGGACUGUGCGAGGUAAAUUCUAAAUUAUAAAUACUACAUUAAAGUAGAAAUAAAAUGGAAUUCCCAAGGGUAUUCAAAUGGAUUUUAUUUGUGAUACUGGUAGUGUUAUGUAGCACUUGUUUGCUUGAUGCUAUUUGUUUGAAUGGAAUACAACUAGAAGUCAACGAAAACAAAAGCUAUGUACCUGACCAAAUGUAUGAAAUUGAGAACGAACUAAAUCGAGGAUUUGCAGAUUUAAGUUUGACGAGUUCUGGCAUUUCAAACAAGCCAGAACAUCAUCUCAUCAAACGUGAGAGAAAAUUAGAUUAUAGUAGUACUACCAUUAAUAUUAAAGAAAACAGCACAAAUCAGGUACCUAAUAAUAAUAAUAGUACUAAUAGUAGUUUAAGUAAAUCAACAAUUACACAAUCUGCCACAAAGUCUGAAAAUUUUGUCAGAUUGUCUAGUGCUAAGGGUCAGAAUGAGUUGAAAGAAUUGAGGACUGAAGAAGAGCAAGAGUUGACUUUUGUUACAGAUAUCACUGUUAAUUAUAUUGCAAAGACAACUAGCAAAGGUAUUUCUGAUGACUCAUUGGAAACAAAAAAUGCAUCUAAGAAUUCCUAUUUUGAGACAUUUUUACAUUUCCAAGAUUCCUAUGGAGCAUUGACUCGAACUAUGUAUGUAGUUGUAGCCGGGAUGAUGAUUGUGAUACUAUAUUUUGUUAUAAGAAUGGUGAGGUCACGUCGAAAAAGGAACAAGUCAAGAAAAUAUGGUCUUAUCACUACACCUGGGUCAGAGCUUGAAAUGCAGCCACUAGAUAAAAGUGAUGAUGAUGAUGAUGAAGAUACAGUUUUAUUUGAGGCACAACAUCAUAAAACUGUUCACAGUUAAGGUUAUAUUUCUGUGGAAAUAACAUUGCAAAAAUGUGGAAAAGAAUCAUCUUCUUUUGGAAGCUCUAAAGAAGCAUCCACUUGGGUUAUGCUCAAGCAAUUUUGCCUUAGAAAUUGUCAUUUUACAUUUCUGUAUGCCUUUGACUAAAAUGCCAUGUUUCGUAGCAGUAGCUUGUUUGGUUAUAUAUUUCACUUUAUUUUUCCACAUUACUACCAUAUACUGUGUGUUUAUUAUAAAAGUAAAAUGUUAAGACACUUGAGUAUUGCUUUGAUAUUUUUCAUUAUUCACUUUUUACAGAUCCUAUUCAUUGUAAACAAAAAAGGCUUAGAAUCAAAGAGUAACAGCAAAUAAUCUGAAAACAUGUACUUUUCAUGAAAGACAGUUUAGGUGUGACAAGUUAUGAGGAACGUAAUAGCAGUAAAACUUCUUUUACUAGUCAAAAAAUGGGUUAUUGUGUUAUUUCACUACAACAUUCCAGGGUCUUGGCUUUUGAAGUGUUUCUUUUGUGUUAUAUUACUGUUGAAUUAUUUCAUAGUAUAUGUAACUCUUUCUUAAAUGUGCACCAAUGUCUUGUAAACAAUAGUUGCAAUUGUAAAAGUAUACACAGUUCCAAAGAAAUAAACAGAAUAAACUGACUUUAAUCAGACAACAAAGUUCACACUUAACAAAAGAUGAGUUGUAUUUUGGGCAACAGAAGAGUUUGUUUCAGUUUGUGAAAAGAACUAGCUUUCAACAGAUGACAAAAGUUAAUUUUAAGCAACUGAAAAUUUAAACUUACCAGAUUUUAGUUUGGUUUGGUCAAUAGUAAGAUGAGUUUAUAUUAAAGUUAUAUAUAUAUAUGUGUGUGUGUGUGUCGAAAUAAGAGUUUAACAAGAUUUUAGAAAUGUAGUCAAAAGUUUCCUUUUUUAUAUGUGUGAGAAUAUGUUGUACAUCGCUCAUUAUAAAUAAAACUUAAUGUAAUUUUUACUUGAGCAGAACCAAAUUUAAUAUUAUAUUAUGAGUUUUGAAUAAUUUUUUUUGUUAUCCACAGAUAUUUGCUAUUUCAAACAAAGUAAUUUUGUUGAAUACCAUACCUUCAUCAAAGUUUCAUGACUUAAGGCAUUUAUCAAAAAUAAUUUUGUAUGGAACAGGUUUCAGAAACUGUUUUUUGGAUACAUUUGAUGAAGAAAAUUUGUGACCAUUGAUUAAUGUAAAAAACUGCUUUCUUACCCCAGGCAUGAUUAUCUGCUUCCUUUUAUGAUAAUUAAGUGAUACAGUAUUCAGCCUACUCCUUAACAGGCUGACAUCUCAGUCAAGUGUAUAUAAGCAUGACAAAUUCCAAUGAAAAGUCAUAUGUACAGGAGGUUAAAUCUGUUUAAAAAUUUAUGUUGACUUUCAGGUUUAUGCUUUUCAUUUUCAUGUAUACUUUACAUCUGGCUAUAUCUUAAGAGAAGUUGUUAUUUGCAGUAAUGUUUUUCCAUGUUUGUGCAAAAUAAACUGCUUUGUGGAUUAUUAAUUGACAGAAAUUGAACAUAAAGUAGUGUUUAAUUAUGUGCUAAAAAUGAUAAAGUAAUUUGUGACCCAAGUUACUAUUCUUCAGUUUAUUGAAUUUUAUUGUACUGUUGUCAUCAUUACAGAUUUUUUGUUUAAAAGUUAAUAACUAUGUGUGAAGCGCAACAGUUAUUUCAUAUGUCAAAAGAUGUGCUUGUCAUGUAUGUGGUUUUCUGUGAUCUGAUUGUUUUGUUCGGUAA